AUGGCGUUGACAUCAUGGAAAGCAUUCAACUUCAUCGACGUGUCGCCGGUGAAGCUACCAGAGGACAGCUCCUCGGUCUUCAAUAGCGACCUUUCAACUAUCUGCACCGGUUCCUCGAACCUCUUCGUCGGCACUACCGAUGGCUUCGUCCACAUUAUCUCCUCAGGCUUCCGCACCGUGCGAUCGUUCAAGGCUCACGAUACCGGCUCCAUUACGCAUAUGCGACAAAUAAACAAUACCGCUCUACUCGUCACCGUUGCAGAGGAUCUUUCUAAUGAGCCGGUACUGAAGGUUUGGGCGCUGGAUACGGAGAAGAAAGAUGGCUGCCCGCGGUGUCUGUCAACGGUCCCCGUGCAGAAUGCCCGGAGGCAGUUCCCGAUCUCUGCUUUCGCAGCUGUCGAAGACCUCUCACAAGUAGCAGUCGGUUUCGCGAACGGAUCCGUAACGAUCAUCCGAGGCGACCUGAUCCACGACCGCGGUGCAAAACAACGGAUUGUAUUCGAGUCCGAGGAACCGAUUACUGGACUUGAAACUCAGACUGGCGCUGUCACGACUCUCUACAUUUCAACUACCAGCCGCAUCCUGACAUUGGUUAUCGCCGGGCGAGGACAGGGUCAGCCUGCCCGUGUCUUGGAGGAUACUGGCUGCGGCCUGGGAUGCAUGACACUGGAUAAAGAGAGUGGGGAUGUUUUGAUUGCCCGCGAGGAGGCGGUCUUCACGUACGGUCCGCGCGGUCGUGGUGCGAGCUAUGCAUUCGAAGGUCCGAAGACGUCUAUUGAUGCCUUUCGUGAUUAUGUGGCUCUCGUUUGUCCGCCCAAGGCUGAGACUGGGAAGUCAGAUCCGCUAAGGAAAUACACUGCUAAUCCGGCGGAGGAAUUGUUUGGCACGACGACAUUUACGCUUCUCGAUACUGAUCUCAAGUUCAUCGCACACAGCGAAGCGCUGGUUUCGCCCAUGAAACGUGUUUUCAUGGAAUGGGGCGACUUGUUUCUUCUUACAACGGACGGAAAGAUUUUCCGUUAUCGGGAGAAGACUCUCCAGCAAAAGCUUGAAAUUUUAUACGAGCGCAAUCUCUAUAUACUUGCAAUCAAUCUUGCGCAAAAGAUUGGGAUUGACCCGCUGCAACAAAAUGCCAUCUAUCGAAACGGGGGAGACUAUGAUACAGCCAUGCAGCAGUAUCUCCGAGCCAUUGAUAACACCGAACCGUCUCAGGUUAUUCGCAAGUAUCUGGACACCCAACGUAUUCAUAAUUUGAUUGAAUAUCUUGAAGAACUACAUGACCACGGCCGUGCCACGGUGGAUCACACAACACUCCUCUUGAACUGCUACGCAAAGCUUAAAGACACAACCAAGCUAGAUUCAUUCAUCAAGGCUCCCGGUGAGCUUAAGUUUGAUUUGGAGACUGCUAUUGCUAUGUGCCGACAAGGCGGGUACUAUGAGCAAGCAGCCUAUCUCGCCACAAAGCAUGGCGAGAAUGACAUGGUCGUUGAUAUUCUUAUCGAAGAUUCCAAGAAAUAUGCCGAGGCAGUGGAAUACAUUUGGCGAUUGGAUCCUGAGGUGGCAUAUCAUAAUUUGAUGAAAUACGCUCGAGUGUUGUUAACUCAUUGCCCUGACCGGACAUCCGAGCUUUUCAAGGUCUACUACUCUGGUCAGUACCGGCCACGCACAGAGGUGGAACAGUCAUCAGAGCCCCAAGAACAGACGCUUAGCACAGUGCAAAGUCUUGCUGCGCUUCUUCCGCUGCGGUACAUGCAGGUGGGCACCAGCAAACAGCCACCGGUUCAACCCGCUGAAACGGUGACCGAUGAAAAUGAAGUUGAAGAUUCUCCUCCGGACUAUGACAUCCCUAAACCGCGAACGGCAUUCUCUGCGUUUGUGGAUCACCCCAAGGAAUUCAUCGAUUUCCUUGAGACUUUGGUGCAGCAGCCGGAUCUGAAAAAGGAUGCUAAGAUUGAUCUCUUUACAACACUGUUUGAGAUGUACCUAGACACAGCAAAGGGGCAAAAGGAUGCUGCCGAGAAACAUGAAUGGGAGACAAAAGCGAAGAACCUAAUCGAAGGGAAAGACAUCCCGAUCUCCACAUCUAAUGUGCUUCUCCUGUCCGACCUGUCAGAUUUCCGAGAAGGAUCAACCCUUGUCCGUGAGCAAGAGGGCCUCCGCCUUGACAUCUUCCGCUCAUUCACUUCAGCAAAAGAUACACAGGGUGCAAUCAAAGCAUUGAGGCGCUAUGGACCCGAUGAGCCCCAACUCUACGUCGACGCAUUAACCUACUUCGCCUCGAGCCCACAAAUCCUCGAAGAAGCAGGCGACGAGCUAGACACAGUCCUGCAACGCAUCAAUCAAGAUGGCCUCCUCUCCCCACUGCAAGUAAUCCAAGCACUCAGCAACAACGCAGUUGUAACAAUGGGCCGAGUCAAGAAGUACCUCAGCGACAACAUCGAUCGUGAGCGCAAAGAAAUCGCAACCAACCGCCGUCUCAUCACAAGCUAUAAAUCCGAAACCGCAACCAAACAACAAGAACUAGACCACCUCACCACCCAACCGGUCGUCUUCCAAUCCCGUCGCUGCCAAUCCUGCGGCGGAACACUGACCUCCCAACCGUCCACUUCCUCUGCAAACACUCCUUCCACGAGCGCUGUCUAA